AUGCUUGGCUUCCGAACCGCGCCAAGUACCCUCUCCAACGAGACCGAUCUGACUGACGAUAAUUAUAUGAACGUAUACCCCAGAUACUUCGACCAAGUUAAGAAACAGACUAUCCUCACCGAAUUCCAAGUCGAAUAUGCGCGUUCAUGUCUAGCUAAACGCACCCUCGAGGUUCUACAAGAAGAAGGUCGAGAUCGAGUUACUGCAACAAACAUCGAUCAAGUCGCUCAAAAGCUUGGCUUGGAUGUGGGCACAAGCCUCAAGAUGAAAGAUAUCUACCACGUCGGCAGGGCGUGGAAUAAAUUCUGCGAUGAUUUCGACUGA